AUGCUUGACGUCGUAAUCGUUGGAGCAGGCAUCGCCGGCUUGGCGGCCGGAAUCUCUCUUCGCCGCGCGGGCCACAAGGUACACAUCUACGAAAAGUCGGCAAUGAACAACGAAGUCGGUGCAGCCAUUCAUGUUCCACCAAACGUCUCACGAUUCCUUGUUCCGUGGGGACUCGAUCCCGCGGGAGCUGAUUUCGUCAAGGCCGGUCCCAUUGAGUUCAAGGACCCUAAGACCAUGAAAACGACGAUGGCCCUGUCUCAUGCACACAACCACGAACUCUAUGGUGCCGAUCUCUGGUAUGCCCAUCGAGUUGAUCUUCAUGAUGCGUUGAAGCAGAAAGCUAUUGAGCCCAUGGGUCCGGGUAUCCCCGUUGUGAUCCAUCUCAAGUCGGCGGUUGUGGGAUACAAACCCGAUUUACCUUCUGUGCUUUUCGAUGAUGGCAGUGAAGUCAAGGCUGACUUGGUGAUUGGCGCGGACGGAGUUCACUCCAUUGCCAGUGAGACUGUUCUUGGCAGGAAGAAUCCUCCAAGUCCCGCCAGUCAUUACAACUGCUGCUAUCGCUUCUUGAUUCCCAAGGAUGUUCUCGAGAAAGACGAGCAAACACGCUUCUUCAAUGAGAAUGCUGACAAUCUGAUUCGACUCUACCCUGACAACGAGAAGAGCCGAAGGCUUGUGUCCUACCCUUGCCGCAAAAACACAAUUCACAACUUUGUUGGCCUCUUCUACGACGAAGAGAUGAAGUCGGUUGCCAAGGAAGACUACCAUGCUGAUUUCGACAAGAGCCUUGCUAUUCAAAGAUUUGAUGGUUUCCACCCUAGUCUCCAGGCCGUUAUUGGCAAAGCAACUGAGAUCAAGAGAUGGCCCCUGCUAUAUCGCGCUCCUCUACCCACAUGGACCAAAGGAAAGCUAGUCCUGGCUGGUGACUCGGCACACCCGAUGCUCCCACACCAGGGACAAGGUGGUGCAAUGGGCAUUGAAGACGGAGCAGCCCUUGGCAUUAUCUUCACUAAUGUCACAAACCCCUCGCAAGUUCCAGAAAGGCUGGCUCUCUACGAGAAGCUUCGUCGCAACCGUGCAAGUGCGAUUCAGAUUCUCAGCAAUGUUGGCCUCGACCAGGCACAUCUUGUGAGGAAUGAACUUAUGGAGUUCCUCGAGGAGAAGCACAUUCCCAAGGACCAUCGUGCAAUCAUGUCUUUCAACAUGAGUUACGAUAUCAUAAGCGAGGCCGUAAAACUCAUGGAGGAUUCUGAUGCCUCCUUUUUGUUGCCCACUCACUUCUUUGAUGACGCUUCUGUGAAGCUGAAAAUCAACAGCGACGUCUCCAGAGUGAACGGUGCCAGUUGCGAUACUCAAACCUACGUUGACACUGAGGUCAUCGCUGCCGCAUGA